UUUUUCGCAAUACUCUCCACAGUUGAAAGGAUGGGUCAAGAUUACUACGCUGUUUUAGGGCUUACAAGAAAGGUUACUGAUGCAGAUAUCAAAAAAUCCUAUCGCAAGUUGUCACUGAAGUUUCACCCAGACAAGAACCAAGAGCCAGGGGCAGAUCUGAGAUUCAAACAAGUUUCGGAAGCUUAUGAUGUGUUGAGCGAUCCUAAGAAGAGGGCAAUUUACGACCAGUUUGGGGAGGAAGGUCUCAAAGGAGGAGUUCCUGAAAAAGAUGGAUGGACUGUAGGAUACACAUUCCAUGGAGAUGCUGUUCGAGUUUUUAGAGAGUUUUUUGGGGGAGACAAUCCUUUUGCUGAAUUAUUUGACUCAUAUGAUCCAGAAGUUGGGUUUGGUGGAAUUCAUGGCAGAGGUCGUCGUAAGCAAGAUCCACCCAUUGAAAGAGAACUUUACCUUACACUGGAAGAAGUUUAUAAAGGAUGUGUCAAGAAAAUGAAAAUUUCCAGAAGGGUGAUGAAUGAAGAUGGGCACACAUCAAACAUCCGUGACAAAAUUUUGACAAUCAAUGUCAAACCAGGUUGGAGAGCUGGGACAAAAAUUACAUUUCCUAAAGAAGGAGAUCAGGGUCCAAACAAUAUUCCAGCUGACAUUGUGUUCAUUGUGAAAGACAAGCCUCACCCAGUCUUCAAGCGUGAUAAUGAUAACCUCAUCUAUACUGCUACAGUCCCCCUUGGAAAGGCAUUGACUGGAUGUGUAGUGGAUGUUCCAACCCUGGAUGGACGACUCAUAAGCAUUCCAAUCAAUGACAUUGUUAAACCUGGCUAUCAAAAAGUAGUCCCUACUGAGGGAAUGCCAAUCUCCAAGGAUCCGAACACAAGGGGAGAUCUAAUAAUUCAAUUUAACAUUGAAUUCCCAAACCAACUCAACCCAGAACAAAAGAGAAUGCUGAAAGAAGCACUAUUGCUUCCUCCUUAAGCUGUGCUUCUCACUUGACCAUAAGAAAAUUGUUCAUUGUACAAACGUAGUACAAUACUUGAACAGUAUUUAUUAAGAGUUAAUGACAUUCUAACUAUUUCAAUACUAUUCAUGAGACAGUCACAGUGGCAGGUCUUGUUCUCCAUCAAUAGAGAACAAGAAGGUUGAAACCAAGUGUUAGAAUUUUUAUAUUUUGUAAAUAAUGGAAAAUACAGAUUUAAACAUUGUCAAAAAUUC